UAUUCUUGUUUGUCAAAUUCAAAGAUUGUGUAUUUUAUUUAACAAUUUACAUUACAUUGAGUUGUGGUUCCGUUAUCAAAUAAACCUUAUUAGCUGAUAAGAGAAAUGUUAGCUGGCGUUGUGAUGCAACCGAGUUCCGGGCGAUACAAUUAAAGUUCAUUUAAACUUUAUACACAGACAAGGGAACACAACUGAUGGGGAACACAAUUGGAACUGUUUUGAAUCCUAUGUUUCCAUUCAAAAUGUUACUCCGUUCUUAUUCCCUUUGUAUUUUAAUUGUGGAUGUGAUGUGGGUAGUUGUUAAUACUAACUAUGCAAUACUUCAAGCAGUGUAUGGUUUCUUUAAUCCUCCUCCAUUAAAAUCUUUACAGACAGAGACUGCCCUGAUUAUAGGAUCAGGGCGAGGAGUUGGUCGUCAGAUUGCUAUUCAAUUAUCUGAACUCGGGACUGUGGUACUUUGUGUUGAUAAGAACAUAACAAACAAUGAAGACACAGUGAAACUAAUAAGGAGUAGAGGUGGAAAAGCUUAUAUUUAUGAAUGUGAUAUAAUAAGAAAAGAAAAUGUGACAGAAAUGUCUGAACAAGUGAAGAAAGAUGUUGGUUUUGUGAGCAUGUUGUUUUACUGCUGUGGUAUUCCUAGUCCGCGGUCUUUGAUGACGCAACCUUCGCAAGAUAUACAUGAGACUUUGGACCUCACAUUGACUUCAUAUUUCUGGCUUAUAGAGAACUUCAUGCCUGAAAUGAAAGAAAGGAAUCACGGACAUAUAGUGGCAUUGACCUCUGUUGCUGGUCUGAGCUACAUUAAGGAUCAGAUGCCUUUCAGUGUAGCGCAGUUCGCUGUGCAAGGACUUGCCGAGUCACUGAUGGAGCAUUUGAGGAUCAAUAAGACUGAUGGUGUAUAUGUCACAUUGACACACAUCUAUCCAUUCAUUGUAGACGAAAAUUCAGAUUUAAGAUUAAGGAUUUCAAGUUAUUUUGGAACGAUAACACCGGAAAAAGCGGCCAAGUCUAUAUUGGACAGUGUCCGUCGUAACUACCCGGAAGCGUCUGUUCCCAAACAUCUUCUCUACCUCGGCCACAUUCUUAGGAUACUACCAAGGAAAGCUACAGUAUUAAUUAGAGACCUACUCGAUACAGGAGUCGAUUUCGCAUAAGUCAUUAAUAUAACAAUUGUAUGUGAUGUUUUAAGACUAUACUUUGUAAUAACAUAUGUAUGUUGUCAUUCUUAUUUACUUUUCGACUGUUUGAUUUUGUAC